UCGUUAUGUGCUGAGGUGUGUUGAAUAUGAGCCACUCAAACUCUUUGAAUUCCAUGAAUCGCUCUUCUUCCAUUUCUAUACUGUCACCGGCCAUUCCCGUCUCCGGUUUACACUCUCUCUUUCUCCUUAAUUUCACUCUACUAAAAAACAAUACUACAGGUUUCUGGCAAUGGCUUCAAUAAUUGCAAAUCUUUCUCUCCCCAUUUUGAUUAAUGGUGCAAAACCCUCCUUGAAACCCACUUCAAAUUUCCCAGUUGUUGCAUUCCCAGAAACACGAGGUCGUGUGGCGGUUGUAGUGAGAGCAACAAGUGACAGCUCUGAUUCUUCGACGUCUCUGAGUGUUGUCGAAUCUGUUCAGAAUCUUUGGGAUGACCCUGAAGAUCGAAUUGCUGUUGUAGGUUUGGGGUUGACAGCCGUUAUUGCGUUCUGGGCUUCAUUAAAUGUCAUUGCGGCAGUCGACAAGCUUCCUGUAAUUCCAGGUUUCUUGGAAUUUGUAGGGAUACUGUUCUCUUCGUGGUUUGUUUACCGGUAUUUGUUGUUCAAGCCUGAUAGAGAGGAGCUGUUUAGGAACCUCAACAAGUCGAUAGCAAACAUCUUGGGCCAAUAAAAGAAGCUAUCAUCUAUCCGAUUUGAUUCUAAUAUGUUCGGUCUCUUCUUGCUACGCGCAUAAGCAUUAGCCGCGGAACUUGAACAAUCAUGAUUUUACGUACCCUUUGUUGUAUAGCAAUGUCGUGGGACAAUAUCGUUGUGUAUAUCGUUUUUAGUAUUUGUGACUUACCUAAAGUAUUGUCUGUAACUUAUACCUUCAAGAGUUGAACCAAUUUUUAUAGAGCUCAAAAACAUUGAGUUGCA